AUGAAAGUUAAAUGCAAUUUAUUAAGUGAAGAUGUUGAUAAUUUACAAAAAAUUAACUUUGGCGAUUUUGCUUUAGAUAUAAUUCAUUUAGAUUUAAGUGAAAAUCAACUGACCAAGUUAGAUAAUUUUUCAUUCUCAAAUUUAACCAAUUUAAAAAGAUUGGAUUUAUCAGCAAAUCUUGUACAAAAUUUAGAUAAAAAGUAUUUUCAAAGUAUGAAGAAUUUAGAAAAAUUAAUUCUUAGGCAAAAUCAAAUAAAAUCUAUACCACAAGGAACAUUUCAAAACUUGCUGUCGUUAAAACAACUAGAUUUAUCAGCAAAUCCUUUGAAAUGUGAUUGUGAUCUAAUUUGGAUAUUAGACUGGGCGCAAAGGAAUUCUGUGAAAUUAUCACCAGGACCAAAAUGUCAAAGUCCUUCAGAUUUCAAAAAUAGUUCUUUAAAGAAAUUAAAAGUCGGUAUAGAUAUGCAUUGCGAGACGCCUAUCACUCAGCAAAAUCAUGUUCAAUUGAACCCAAGAUACAAUCAGGUUGUUUUUGAAGGUGAUUCUUUGCAAAUACAUUGUUUAAUAAGCAGUAAAUACAAUAACGAUGAAAAUUUAGAUCAAAACACAAUAUCUCCUUGGAGUUGGACACCGCAUAAUUCAAAACAAUUCUCAAUAGACAUUAAAUAUAACGAUCUUGCGAGUAUGUUUCCAGAUAUAAACAUAAUUAAUAGAUUUGUAUCCGAUGGUGGAAUCAUUGAUUCACGUCUAGAUAUUGAAAACAUUCGUCACAAUCAAUCUGGACAAUUUUCUUGCAAAAUGGUAUCACCCAAAAUGAAUGUCUCCAAAAGUCUUGAUGUAGUUGUUAUUUCGAAUGAAACAAAAUAUUGUCAAACAAACACCACAAAAGAUAAUAAAGGCAUAUAUACUUGGCCUGCUACGGUUGUUGGUAACAACGUAGUUUUAAGAUGCCAAGGACAAAGUAGCGGUCAAGCAUUUGCAACUCAUUAUUGUUCUGUUAAUGGGAAUUGGUCUGGUUUGAACACGAGAGGUUGUCCAUAUGUGAACGAGAUAACAAAGAUACUAGAACAAUUCGCAAAGGUCAACUUAAGUCUGACAAGAAAUACUAUAGUAGAAAGUUCACGAGUCUUAAGGAAUUUAACUUUGGUAUCUGCAGCUAAUAUAACAAAAUAUAAUGAUCCCGAUGAUGUAGUUUUUAUUGUGCAUACCUUUCAUAAUUAUAUUGAAUAUUUGUCCCAAGAAAAGGAAUUAGGACCUAUACUAAUAGAUAUAGCCAGCGAGCUUAUGAAAUUCCCAAAACAUAUUUUAAAUGCAGCUCAAAGACUUAAUAAUUCUUGUACUGAACUUGUAAGAGAUUUAGAACUUACUGCUUCUUUUGCACCCGCACUCCAAAAAAAUCUUGCUUUGGAAGAAUUUCAAGUGAACCAAGACAGUUUUACUGGUUUGACUUGCUCAUGGCAUAUUUUUGAAGAUGCUAGAGUUUUUCAUUGCUCUAUUUCAAACCAAUCACUGUUACGCAGUCCACAGAAUCAUCUAAUAGAUGCCAUAAUACAGAUUCCACCUUCAGUUCUUAGAGAUUUUGACACUCAAACAAAAUCAGCUCCUUCUUCACAUAAUCUUCUAGUUGGCAUGUUUGAAAAUAAUAACUUUUUUCCCAUAUUAAAUAAGAACGGCUCGGAAAAUUUUAAUAUACUAUCAUGUAUAGUUGGAGUAAAAAUAGAAAAUCAAACCAUUAAAAAUCUAAAUGAACCGAUACAAAUUAUGCUACGACUGCCGAAUUUUAUGCGGGCAAUUGCUAUGGGACAUGGAGAUUGGUCAAUGGAAGGAUGCCACUUAUCUUACACUAAUAAUGAAUUGUUCAUAUUCACUUGUGAUAAUGUUGGAUAUUAUGCACUUAUGCAAGAACCAUCUAUAGCUAAUUCUAGCAGCAAUGAACCGAUGGGUGCCAAGUUUAGAUUCCUGCAUUUAGCUGUGUACAUUGGAAGCUGUUUACAAUUUAUCUGUUUGAUGAUUACCAUUGUAACAUAUAUAAUUUACUUCAAUGCUAUUUUGAUGCCAAGAAAGACAAAACAUUCAUUGAUUAACACUUGGAUUGCUAUGUUGUUACUCUGCUUAUCGUUUACAUUAGGCAUUUUUCAAACCGAGUCAAGAUUAUUAUGCCAGACCGCCGGAAUUAUACAGCACUACUUAUUUUUAUCAUGCCUUUUGUGGAUGUCUGUAACAGUCAGUGAUAUGUAUAAAAGACUUUCUGCUAAGGAUCCUGUUUUAUCAGAUGAUUUAUUACAAUCAGAACCACCAAUCCCUAAACCAAUAGUUGGUUUGUACCUGCUAGGAUGGGGAGUUUCUCUCAUAGUAUGUGGUAUUUCUGGUGCAGUCAACAUGAAGCAAUAUGCAUCUUUCGAUUAUUGCUUCUUAUCAUCCAAAGCAUCGUUAACCACAGUUUUUGUUCCAAUGUCAGGAAUGAUAUUAUUUAUUAUAUCGAUGUUUUUAAUAGUUUGCUGGGCUAUCAGACGCUAUGAUAUGUUAGGACAUAUGUCGGAAGGAACUCAGGCAACAGAAAACGUUGAUAUAGAAUUGCUCGAACCUCAAACGGUGACAAGUGGUGGUAGACAGAGUGCGCAAAGUAUUUCAACGCCUACAUCGUGCGAAAUGGAAGACCAAGAGAAUUCUCCGAAAAUUCAAUUAAAAGCGCAUGUAAUAGUGUUAUUUUUACAUUGCUGCAUGUGGUCCACUGCAGCAGUUUAUAUCAGCAGGCCUCUGAAGCACCUAGUAAUAUACGAUGAGGAUAUAUUCGGCUCGCUGUAUGGUAUUUCAGCAUCAAUAUGUGGAGUUUUCAUAUUGUUUUUCUAUAGUGUUGCGCGUAGCGAUGUUCGCAGCCAAUUGGAGACCAUGAUAUGUUGCCCGAAAGGUCAAAAGCGUUGGUGUCGUUCGAGAACAAUUUCCGACGCCACUUCAAAUAAUAAACCUCAGCAGGUAGAACUAUUAGGCAGUGUCCCUUUACAGCCAAUAUCCAAUCAAGACGCGGCAGCACUUGCUCUAAGUCAAUCUUUGCACGCAAGUUCUGGGAAAACCAUCAAACGUAACAGUGGUAACGCUCGGGAUUUAAUCCCCAAUGACCCACAGGCUGUUGUAAUUCAUCGUAAGCACUACAGAUCUACUGAUUCUCCAAUGAGUUUUGCAGAAAAUCAAAAUGGGGCAGAGAUGUUCUACAAUCCCAAUCAGAGCAACGUAGCGCGGAAAUUUUUCAAAAAACAAAAACGCCACAUGAAGCACAAUAACUUGGAAAUUCAUCGGUUAACAGAUGGAUCAAAGAGUGAUGGAGGUUCCAUCAUUUUCAAGCCUCGUUCGGCAUUGGAAGCCGGCGUUAUGACUACGAAUAUAUUUGCUACUAGUUCUAAAGUUAAUAAUAUAAACAUUCAUGCUGAACAGAAGCCUUGUAAUAAAGAGGUUCAGAAGCAUUGCAAUAUAUUAUCUGACACAGAGUCAGAUUUCAUAGAAAGAAUAAGUCCUCAUGCAAUACAUUUCAUACCCGCCUCGGACGGGAUAUGUGUUUCCAUGAAGCACAAGAAAAGCAAUAACGUUGCCAAUAUAUAUACAAACGUACCAGAAACUUCUUUACCGGAGCAUCAGAGGGUACCUUUGGUUAAAAAUGACUUUGCUUCAAUGUCUUCUGAAGAUACAAAAAUUUUGCGGCCAAUAUCCUCCAAAAUCUUAUGUGAAAGUUCUUAUGAUCCGACACCGAGUGUUUAUUCUGAGCUAGAUAGCACUUUAGAAGAAAAGAAAGACUUUAGUAGCAAUCUAGGCCCUUGUCACUCACCAAAGUCUUUUCUAGAUUUUGAUGAACUUAAUCACACUCCAACCAAAAACAAUGAAUUUAUGAGUGUAAAACAAGACCAUAAUAAUAAAUCUGAAAGUCCAAUUUUGUUCCCUUCUAAUAUUGUCAAUUUAUAUGACCAUAAAUCUGACAACGCCGAAUAUUUACGGUCAAGCAGCCCCUUACUAGAAGAUUUCAUAAACUAUCAUCAAGCAGAUGAAUUUGAACCCAAUUUUGAUAGUGACUGCAACUAUGUGCAAUAUCCUACUUCAGAAUUAAGUAUAAAAAGUCACGGCUUAUAUGCCCCUCAACCAGAAAUAGGUGGGAACGAUUUAAAUAUGACUUUGAUAAAUGAAGCUGAUCUAAGAUGCAUCCAAAAUCGCGUCCACGACAACGAUUUUCCUUAUCAGCCAUCAGAAAUAAGUGCUAUAAGUUCUUUAACCAAUGACAACAUAUGUUCAGGUAAAACAUAUCAAAACUGUUCCCCAUAUAGACAAUCGUCAGCUAGUUUGAAUAGUGUGAGUGACAUCAUGCAAAGUUCCCAGUAUCAAGAUUAUGCCCAAGUGCAUAGUACCUCUAUCGAUGAUCUUUAUGAACAAAUCAAGUGUAGACCAAGACCAAGAACCAGAUCAUCGGCUUAUUAUGUCAACAGUGAAAAUUUCAAAUCCCCCCAUUCAAGAUCCAUGGAAUGUGAUUUGAAUAGUCAUGAGAGAAAUGACUUUGAUGUGAAGAACGAUAAAUACAAAAGCUAGUAAAUUUAUCAUGCUCAAGUUUAAUAUGUAUUGUAAUUUCUAAACUGUAACCGAUGUACCUUAACA